AUGGAUCACGGCGGUCACGGGGAUCACGGAAUGAUCAUGUACUUCCACGAAGGAGGAAUGAUCCACGGCUUUCUCUUCAAAGACUGGAUGCUGCACAAUUCCAACGAUCACAUGAAAGCUGGAUUUGCGCUCUUCUUCCUGGCCUUUUUCUACGAAGGAUUGAAGGUUCUCGAGCACAACAUCGCCACCGGAAAGCGCGAAAAACGACGAGAAGGAAUCAUCGCGCGAAUCUUCGGCCCUGGCCACAUCGGAGCUUCCCUCCUCCACUUUGUCAACGUCUGGAUCUCCUACACUCUAAUGCUCGCCGUGAUGUACUUCAACACCUGGCUCAUUUUCGCGACCUGCCUUGGCUUUGCUCUCGGAUAUUUCGCCUUCGGCUGGUCCAAAGAUCGAGCAGUGGAGCCUGUGGACGAUCCGUGUUGCAACUAA